UACGUGCUGUUGUUAACGAUUUACCUUUGUUUACAGGGAAGGUAACGCUGAACUCGGAUCUACUCCCCUUUUUUUUCUCAUGAUUAAUUGAAGUUUGUUGACAUGUUAGAACACUUCACGUAUACGCCCCCCGUCACCCUUUGACGUCUCCUCGUGAGGUACGUUGCAAAACAAAGGAGGAGAAUCUACACGAGUGACAUUUAAACAUUUCUAAUGUUUGCUUUUUAGAGUACCUUGUGUGCGUGUGUACGUUGCGUGUCUUGCGUAGUCCGCAACUGGCCGAGAGGCGUGCCAAUCAAGCAGCGUCCUCGCACAUAAGAGUAAUUUGACCGAUUUACACAGCAUCGCGUGCGAACGCGCCGCUUGUCGUGACAGCGGGACAGAUGCUUCUCAGGCAAAGGCUGCCUUCAGUGCGGGGAGCGUGGACGCGUCACGGCGCAUGCUCUCCUACCCCUCUGGCCGGCGGAGGAUGAGGAGGAGAUCCGUGCUCAACAACGAUAGCGUCUGUGCGUGUGUGCGUUUAUUUGGUCUAGGUCCUGCUGUUAACAUGCGUGGCUGGGUCUCUGUGCGUGCAGCUCUGUGAGGAGGGGUGUUGAGGUCAUUGUGUCUGCAGGGGAUCUCAUGAUGGAGAAGGAAGAGGAAGGGGGGUCCAGUGGCAACAACCAUAAGGCUCAAGUCAUCCUGCACCUGCAGCCUGUCUUGCAUGGGGGAAAUUAUGAUAUUGCAGAUACAAGCAGCACUGUCUUGGCCAUCGAGACUCAACAUGAUGACAAUAAAUCCGAGGGUGAAAAUGUGGAAUAUGGCUAUCCAAUCACUUGUGGAGAAAGCAGAGCAGUUUUACUCUUCAAGAAGUUUGUGUGCCCUGGAAUCAAUGUUAGAUGUGUCAAAUUUAAUGACCAGCUUAUCAGUCCUAAGCAGUUUGUACACCUGGCGGGUAAAGCCACCCUGAAGGACUGGAAAAGGGCCAUCAGACUAGGCGGGGUUAUGCUCAGGAAAAUGAUGGACUCUGGCCAGAUCGACUUCUACCAGCAUGAUACGGUGUGCAGCAACACGUGCCGCAGCACUAAAUUUGACAUGCUGAUCAACAGCUCGCAACUUCCCCUUGGGACGUCCGUGCAGCCCAACCCCUCAUCUCUGGCUCUGGAGUCUCUUGGAGGGCAGGUGCCUCCCUUGACAGGAGAGUCUCUCCAUGAUCCAGCUGACUUGGCGGAAGCCUUGGAAGAUAAAUUUGGGGGCGAGUGGAGCUCCACACACGUCACCACAGCCAAUGGGCAUUCAAAGAGGAAGAGGAGUGACAUGCCCGAUGGCGUAUUAAACUUAUGGAAGGGUGUGGCUGAAUUUGGGUUGAUGGAGGAGGUCCUGUCCGGUCUUCAGGCUCACUUAUUGGCUACUUUGAAAGGAGUGGAGAUUCGCAGCGACAAAGCUGCUCUACAGGAGACUGAUGUCAUCAUCUUGAAUUCCCUUUGCGAGAUGUUUGGGCUUUUAGACUCAGUGAAGCAAGCCUUGGAGCAGCGACGUAGCCAGAAGGAAGACGACGACAACGAUGGCGCUUACGGUGAGGAAGAGCUGGAGGAGCAGUCGAAGGAGCGGAGGAAGCAAAUGUGUGUUAAAAACACAUACCACAAACACGCAUCCCCCAAACACCUUCGACCCCAACGUCACCAGCUGUCGCCCACCCUCACCAACACAGUAGUCCAGCCUCUCUCGCUCACGGGUUUACCCGAUUCGCCGUACUCAAAUCCUCAACACGCCACUCACUUCCCUAGCGGGCCGCGAGGGGGGGCCGCCAGGAGGGACGAGAGGACGCGGGCGCUCUGUGAGUCGGGGAAACAGGCGAGGGCCCAUAGAGCGGGACAAGAACUGAAACAGGGUCUUGGACAAAGGGCGUGCCCGCUUCAGCCUCAAUUAGGAAGUCAGGAGCUAGUAGAGGGAGGUGGGAGUUUGCUGGCUUUGGGGAGAAAAGGCUUCAAAAACCUGAAACCUAAAUGAAAUGGACACCAUACACAAAUUCAAAGGCAACUUGUAGUGAAAGAGUACUUUGUAAACGUGUCUUUGCCACUACGUUCAGAGUUAGUCUUUGGUGAUUGUCUUCCCUUGUGGUAAAAGUAGAUGGGGAUAGGAAGCAAAAAUGAAACAUUUCUUACAAUGUUUGUAAUUGAAAUUACGUUUUGUGAGUCAUUGUAGUAUUAAGUGUUGAGGUUUAUAUGGUACCAAUUUUUAAAACACAGACUGAACACCCCACUCAGGCUUAUAUUAAGGCAUUAUGUUCCUGACGAAGCCGAGAAAUCACAUGAUAUCUCAGUUGGUUUUUAUUUUCAGCCCGAGUUCAAAAGUUUUUUUUGUGGGUCUUUUAAUAAAUCGCCUACCUUUUGAGAUACAGCGACGACGACAACCAUCAUUUCCCAAGAGAACACACAUCUUGACAAUCGUAUUUGGAACAGUAAUUGCUUUAAUCCAAGCCGAUGAGUUACUUUCUUGCUUAUUUACAAAAGAGGCCAUUCCAUACAAAAAGGACCCUGUAUGACCAGUGAACACACUUAAGUAAAUCUCUAUUUCAAACCGCAGUCAGUGGAGACAUGAGGCACUUUUAUUUACAUAGCCUAUUUCGGGUCUUGCCUAAAUGAAUUCAUUUGAGAGGGUUGCCCUGUCUCAUUCAAAUGAGGUGAAUUUGUUGCGAAUAUGACAAGUAUGGCUUCCGUUACCAUGACAACUCGGUUGCACUUGAGCCCUGAAUUGAAAGAAAAGAAAAAAAAGGUGACUGAACUGCACCGGCGAGUCCUUACGUUUCAAUUCAGUUUCAUUUAUAUCGCCCCAAUUCACAUCAGAGUUCAUCUUGAGAGGCUGAACAUAUGGAGCAGGUUAGGGUUAGGCAUUGGGCAGACUUCAGGAAGAAUCAAUACAAGAUCACGUCUGCAAAGCCGCCCUUUGAGUAUUUGUUGCACUUGAGGUCACGCGCAUCGAUCAUUGCUUUCAAGUGAGCCUUUUUGCUCCAUCUGAAGUUUGUGUUUUAAGUACACUCUGCUCCGUUCCCUUUAUGCGAUGGCAUGGAAUGAAUUUAUUGUGUUACGUAUCAGCGCACGUCAUCUCUUGCGCAAACACGCAUGGUCGCAAGGAAGAUCAGGGGAUGCUUUGAGAAUAAUUGUCAACUUUUGUCGAUGUGAAGCCCUUUGAGACUGCUUGUGAUUUAGGGCUAUACAAAUAAACUUGACUUGAAGUAA